AUGGGCCGCCGCCCCGCUCGCUGUUACCGCUACUGUAAGAACAAGCCUUACCCAAAGUCUCGCUUCUGCCGCGGGGUCCCUGAUGCCAAGAUCCGCAUCUUCGACCUGGGCCGGAAGAAGGCCAAAGUGGACGAGUUCCCGCUCUGUGGGCACAUGGUGUCUGAUGAACACGAGCAGCUGUCCUCCGAGGCCCUGGAGGCCGCGCGCAUCUGUGCCAACAAGUACUUGGUGAAAAGCUGCGGCCGCGACGGCUUUCACCUCCGCGUGCGGCUCCACCCCUUCCACGUCAUCCGCAUCAACAAGAUGAUGGCCUGUGCUGGGGCCGACAGGCUCCAGACCGGCAUGCGGGGGGCCUUCGGAAAGCCCCAGGGCACGGUGGCCAGAGUCUGCAUCGGCCAGAUCAUCAUGUCCAUCCGCACCAAGCUUCAGAACAAGGAGCACGUGGUGGAAGCCUUACGCAGGGCCAAGUUCAAGUUCCCCGGCCGCCAGAAGAUCCACAUCUCCAAGAAGUGGGGCUUUACCAAGUUUAAUGCCCAUAAAUUUGAUGACAAGGUGGCCGAGAAGCGCCUCAUCCCGGAUGGUUGUGGAGUCAAAUACGUGCCCAGUCGUGGCCCCCUGGCCGCGUGGCGAGCUCUGUACUCAUCAGGUCUUUGA